AAGGGUGCGUUAAAAACAGCGCCACAAAAUGGCUUCGCUUUGAGACGCACCCACUGGGGCUGCGCAUGCGCAGUUGAGUUCCUUUUUCCCCAGGCCAGAACCUCGUCUGGGUGUCUGUUAAUCCAGCGGGAUUGUAGCGACUGUUGCGCACAAGAAACACAUGAUCCGAUUACUAUCAGACUCUUCCUCACCUGCAAGGACACUUAGAUAAACAACAGGCGUGGAAAAGACGCUCCUUUCACGAAACCGAGUGUAAUUUGGGCUGUAUUUUUCUUUUUGUGCGCGUGAAGAUGAGGCUCCCGGACUGCAGAAAGCGAUGCGGGAUGGACGGAGAGGAUGGAGAAAAGGAGCUGGCUCUCCCUUUCAAAAACCCUUUUGUACACGAGUUAAGGUUUACACCGCUUCAGAAACUUAAGCUGGGUGUGAUGACUCUGACCCUGUUCCCCGUGCGCCUCUUCUUCGCCGCGUUCAUGAUGUUGUUGGCGUGGCCCUUCGCCUUCAUCGCCACCGUAGGACGUAGUGAGAGCAGCGUCGAGCCUCAGUGCUUCUGGAGGAGGGUGGUGGAUGUCGUCCUGCGCCGCCUCAUGCGGGCCAUGUGGUUUGCAGGUGGCUUCCACUGGAUUAGGGUCAAAGGUCAGCGUGCGCUGCCCGCCCAGGCGCCCAUCAUCACCCUCGCUCCACACUCGUCUUACUUUGACGCCAUGCCUGUUACUAUGACGAUGGCCUCCAUAGUCAUGAAGGCUGAGAGCAAGGACAUCCCGCUGUGGGGGACUCUGAUUAAAUACAUCCGGCCCGUGUUCGUGUCGAGGUCGGAUCAGGACUCGCGCCGGAAAACCGUAGAGGAGAUCAGACGCAGGGCUCAUUCCCAAGGGGUGUGGCCUCAGAUCAUGAUCUUUCCUGAGGGGACGUGCACCAACAGGUCCUGUCUGAUCACAUUUAAACCAGGUGCUUUUAUUCCAGCUGUCCCUGUACAGCCGGCUGUCAUUCGCUACCCCAAUCAGCUGGACACGAUCACUUGGACAUGGCAAGGUCCCGGAGCGUUUAAGAUCCUGUGGCUCACCCUGUGUCAACUCCAUAAUGAACUUGAGAUUGAGUUCCUCCCAGUCUACAUCCCCAGUGAGGACGAGACGAAGAACCCACAGCUGUUUGCUCAGAAUGUGCGCCGCAUCAUGGCCAAGGCACUGCAGAUCCCUGUGACUGAUUACUCAUUUGAGGAUUGUCAGUUGGCCAUGGCAGAGGGACAGCUCAGACUACCGGUGGACACGAGUCUGCUGGAGUUUGCCCGACUCGUCAGGAGACUAGGGCUGAAGCGGGAGAUCAGUGAGAUUGAGGGUUACAGUCGGAAGGCACGGGAGCUGAAGGGAGUAAAACAGAACAUAGAGCAGUUCUCUCACUUCCUGGAUCAGCCGCUGUCCGAGGUGCUGAGGGACAUGUUCGCCCUGUUCGACGAGCAAUACGAGGGUCUGAUGGACGUGCGUGAGUUUGUCAUCGCCUUCUCUGUAGUGUGCAGACCCACCAAAACACUGGAGACCAUCAAGCUCGCCUUCACGAUGUUUGAGCAGACGCAGGAUGGAGGAGUAACGGAGGAGGAGCUGGAGUGUAUCCUGCACACGGCUCUGGGAGUGACGGAGCUCAGAGUGUCUCGGCUCUUCCGUGCCAUCGACGUGGCAAACUGUGGAAAAGUGACGUUCGAGUUGUUCAAGGGUUUCGCCGAGCAGCAGCCGGAUUUCGCAGAGGAGUUUCUGUACGCCGAAAACACAGGCUUCUUCAGCAGCUUCCUGUCUUCUGGCAUCGCCUCCAAUGGCUUCUGUGCCGACUUCUCCCCCAGCGAGCGACAGAAGAAGGUCAAAUGAAGAACGGCGGGUCGUUGGAAAAGAGCCAGUCGUUAUUCGGGAGGAUUUAAAGACUGCAGUCGGAACAUUUCAAUUCUGGAAAAGAAUACCGAGUGCAACCGAAGGGAUUCUUCAUAAAUAUAUCACAGCUUCCGUUAAUUGAUGUAACACUCAAUCAAAGUCUGUUUUUAUUUCAUUAAUAUUGUACAAAAUUGUACACAUGAAUAAUAAUAAUACAAAUGUUUUUGUAUUAUUAUUCAUGUGCUUAUGAGCUUCAUGGAAAAGUCCCAGCAUGAGGAUCUCUGUUUGUUUACUGUUUUCUUUUUUUCCGACACCACAAUAUCGUCUGAACGAUCAUAAAGACCUUUAUUAAACCCGGCCGUUUAUUCCUCCUGCUAUGGAGAUGUGUGAUCUGAUUGGUGCACUGAUGGAGGUCAUUCUGGAUUUAUCAAGAAUGCAGACAAUGAUGAUUUUAAUAUUAUUAUUAUUAUUAUUAUUAUUAUACGAUUGUGCUAAUCAAUCUAUUUUUUUUUUUUGAAGCGGCUCACACAGACCUGAGUCUCUUUGCCCUCAGUAAGAAAGUGAAUGUACAGACAUGUCUGUCACGCCACUCCGUCCUCGACGUGUUUAUUGAUGAACGUAUGACAGGACGGAAACGUGACGCUUGUCGUCCCUAUGUGCACUUUAGACUCUUUUUAAACUUUGUUUCUUUUUUUGUUCUCUUCAUUCUUCCGACUGGAAAGAAGUAUGUGAUGGUGUGAUGACGGUUGUCAGUGUGAAGACAGUGGAAAUCCCCUCCACUGCUGUACAUUUAUUCUGUAUUGUGUUUUAAUUACAGAGGUGGGAACCAACAGGAAACUGAACCACAGCUGACCAUGUUUGAACUCCUUUUUUUUUAUUUUUUUUUUAUUUGUCCCUGAAAAGCUCACUUUAUAAACACAGGACCAAAAAUCUGGAAGUUUUAAGACGCUGCCUCAGUGACGUCACCUGUGUGACGAUUAAUACGACGUUAUUCCAUUUAAUGUUUUAAUGUAAUAUCUUUUUGUUAAAUCGGCCGAUCUGACAAAAUCUUGAUGGCCAUAGGUUGAGGUUGAUCUUAUUUAAUCGUCUCAUUUUGCCCACAGACGAUCGAAAAACAAACAAAACUGUAAAGUAGUACGAAUUUAGAGAGGUCUUCGCAGGUCUGUGUGUUUCUGCAGAUUAGGUGAUGGUGUAGAAAGUCAGAUUGUGUCUGAUGUUCUGCGAAUCUCCUCCAUCUUCACAUGGCUCCACGUGGAGCAACCAGUGAGACGUUGUACAGUUUCAAGGAAAGUUUAAAGACCUCUAAAUUGUCUUCACUGUCAGUUUUGUCACCUGACAGCUGAACGGAUUAUCGCCAUAGAAAGCAAACAAAAUCCAUGUGAGGUGAUAAUGGGACCCAGAGGGCCACUGCUUUUUGUUUGUUUGUCGUUCCCCCUGACCCCCCCCCCCCCCUUUUUUUUUUUUUUUUACCAUUUUAAGCUUCUCACUGAGUUCUGAGUGGUUUCCAUCCGAUCACAUCCAUUCCUGAGAGCUAAAGAUGAGGGACACACUCCGUCUCUCUGAUGGCUCCUGCAGUUUUAUUUUGUUUUUCUUUUUUUUUGUUUAAUGAAAUGUUUCCAUGUGUCCUGUUUUGACUGCCAUGUAAUGACUUAAUGACUUAUCAUUCCAAACCUUAAAUAAAAAAAAAAAGUUUAUGAAGCCA